GCAUGCUGAAGAGAAUGAAAAAAACAAAACGGAAUUUUUUACGGGAAACUUUAGGCGUAAGGUUUCAAUCAUCAUUUCCGGUUAUGAGAAAAUGGCAUUAGCAAAGAGACCACAUGGUCCAAAUAUUUUGAUAACUGGAACUCCAGGCACAGGAAAGUCUACGUUAGCAGCAGAACUUGCCCAGAAGACAAACUUGAAAUAUGUCAACAUAGGUGAAAUAGCCAAGGAUGGUCAGUUGUUUGAGGGAUGGGAUGAACAGUAUCAGUGUCCUAUUCUGGACGAGGACAGAGUAAUAGAUGAACUGGAGGAGGUCAUGUCUGCAGGUGGGAACAUUGUGGACUACCAUGGGUGUGAAUUCUUUCCAGAGAGAUGGUUUGACAUUGUCUUUGUUCUCAGAACGGACAAUUCAGUUCUGUAUGAAAGACUAGAAAACAGAGGUUACUCGGGUAAGAAAUUGGAAGACAACAUCCAGUGUGAAAUUUUUCAGACCAUUUUAGAUGAAGCUAGAGACUCGUAUAAAGUAGAUAUUGUGCAUGAACUUCCCAGCAAUAAUCCUGAAGAUCUGGAGGACAAUUUAGAGAAAAUAUCCGCCUGGAUUCAACAAUAUGUCACAAACCAAGGAGGAAUUGUGUAGCCAGUCUUGGUGUUAACUUGCUGUUAAGCAUAUUAUUGUACAAACGGUGCAUUUGGUUUGUAACACAUUCUGUUAAAGGUACCAUAACUAUUUUUUUCAAAUGAUAAAAUGAAAUGUUCACAGGUUGGCCAGGUUUAUUUGACUAUAUAUCCUAGUACAACAAUUGCAGAUGAUUUUCUUGUAGACUUAAAGAAGAAAAUUUUUGAUACCGGUAUAUAAAAUGAAAAGUAAUUAGCAUCUUCUAAAUGUAAACAUUAUUUUACAUUGAGGUACCGGUAUGCAGAGUGAGUAGCUUGUAUGGGCAGCUGAAUCUUGGUUUCCAGGUUUCUUCUGUAUAUGAACUAUGUUAAAAUAAA